UGUCUUGCGGAGUUACGAAUUAUCCCAAAAUCGUAAAAAAGACUACAAUCAUAACCGCGUCACUAGGCAUUUAUUUUCACGUACAUUGGGAUCAUACACGAGUGAUAUACUAUCGUUUAACUUCCAGUCAAACGAAUACGUACGAUUCUCUGUGGAAAUUAUUGAGUACAAACUGUGGCUUUAGCCGUACGUACUCGAAGUGGGGGAUAAUUGUAACAGCCGAUUAUGUCUUCGUUGAGUGGCGAUGAGAAUCAAAUCGAGGAGAACGAGCCAGUAAGAAGAACGAGAUCUGGACGCGCACUCAAGGCACCAGUUGCCACACCGAAAAAGACACCCGCCAAGAAAGCUAUUAGGGGUAGAAAUACCAGGCGAGGGGCUCAGGAAAUUGACACAACUGAUGAGACUAGUACAACAAUAUUAGAAGAGACUGACGACAACAGUGAGACAGGUGAGAAUGGUAUGCAACAAUUAGGUGAAAUAAUGGUUGAACAAUUUGAGGAAGAGACCCCAGUGUUGCAACUACAGUUGGAGGAGCCCCAGACAACGGAUAGCGCUCAGUAUGCCCAGAUGGAUCAAGAGACCCAAGGAGUGCCUGAACUAGAAGCCCCACCACCACCAGUUGUGAGUACAAAUACCCCCACAGCACCAAUUCUAUCCACCCUGAAGACCAAGGAGACUCCCCAGGUUGUGGAGGACACUGAGGACAAAGUGAUCACUCUGGAGGACAACAGUUUAGAGCAAAUGCUCCAGACAGAGGAGGAUAAUCCUGUGGAUGAGGCCAUCAACGGUGGAAACACUGAUUCCAAUCAGAUUAUGGACUUUGGGGAUGUCAUGGACACGAUUGUUUCAGCAGAAAUUCCACUGUUGAAUGAUGAACCUGGGAAUGAAGAGACUAAGGCAAUCGUUACCACCAUGGAGAUCGAUGACCCAGUACAACAGAUUGCUGAUGCUGUUGAUGACAUUGUUGAUGAGUCAUUUGAAAAAAUUGUUGCGGAGGAGACGAAGGAGGCUGAGGUUGAGAAGAAAAUUGAGGAAACUGCAAUUGAGAAGGGGGAGGGGGUUGACGUUGGUGAGGGCGAGGGGCAGGUUGAAGGAGAGGUGGAGAAGAUUGAGCCUGAUACUGAAGCUGUCUCUGAGGACGAGUUCCCUACUGAGGCGCCUGCUAAGGAGCCUGAGACCGAGGCAGUGUCAGACGAAGAACUGCCAGUGGCACCUCCAGCAGACCUGGGCGAAACUGAAUCUGUCUCUGAGGAUGAGCUUCCCCCAGACAGCGAGAAGAAACGAAAGGCAGCCAAGACAGCUGCCAAAACAGCUGAGAGAAAAGUCAAGGCUGACGUUCGGGCCAAGCGUAAAUUAAAUGCAGAGGGGGAGUAUGACCCCAGUUCACCAACGUCUGAGACUAAUGAUGAGACACCAGCGAAAAAAGUUGCACUUGCUGUGGAUGUAGAGGCUGGGGAAAAACCAGAGGCCAAGCCAGCAUCGCCCAAGAAGAAAACAUUGCCAGAACUUGAUAAAUACUGGAAGGCUGUUAAUGAGGAUCCAUCGGACUUCACUGGGUGGACAUAUCUCUUGCAAUAUGUUGAUCAAGAAAAUGAUGCAGAAGCAGCGCGUGAAGCAUACGAGAAAUUUCUCGAGCGUUAUCCCUAUUGCUACGGUUACUGGCGGAAAUACGCCGAUUACGAGAAGAAGAAAGGAAAUCCGGACAAUGUACAAAAGGUAUUCGAUGAAGGAUUGAAUGCUAUUUCGCUCAGUGUCGACUUGUGGCUACAUUACAUCAAUCAUUGUAAGAGUGUUCAUGAGAAGGAUGAGGGCAAGAUGAGGGAGCAGUAUGAGAGGGCUAUUCAGGCUUGUGGUUUGGAAUUUAGAUCCGAUCGCCUCUGGGAAAGCUACAUAAAAUGGGAGCAAGAGGGAAAGCGUCUGAGUCGAGUAACAGCCCUCUACGACCGCCUCCUGUCAACCCCAACCUUCGGCUACAUGACGCAUUUCCAAACGUUCCAAGAGUUUGUCUCGGCAAAUUCCCCCCAGCGGAUCCUCACCGUCGACGAUUUUCUGGCAAUUCGUGCUGAAGUCAAAGCCCUCUUGAAAUCCGAGGAGACCCCAGGAGCAACUCCUGCAGACGACGUGCCCCCAGGGGAGGAGCCCGCAGCCCACGAGGUGCCACCAACAGACGAGGAAACCCGAGUCAUUCGAGAGAAGAUCAUCAGCACAAGACGCAAAAUGCACAAGGCCAAUGUCAACGCCGUUGCUGCCAGAUGGACCUACGAAGAGGGAAUUAAACGUCCUUACUUCCACGUGAAACCCCUCGAGAGAUGUCAACUGAAGAACUGGAAGGAGUACCUGGACUUUGAAAUCGAGCAGAAGGACCAGGCCAGAAUAAUAAUUCUGUUCGAACGAUGUCUGAUAGCUUGUGCUUUGUACGACGAGUUCUGGUUGAGAUUCGUGAGGUACUUGGAGUCACUCACUGGCGACAAUGCCGAGAAAAUUCGAGAUGUCUACUCGAGAGCCUGCACAGUCCAUCACCCGAAAAAGCCUAAUCUUCAUUUGCAAUGGGCGACCUUCGAGGAGGGACAGAGCAACUUUGAUAAAGCCGCUGAGAUCCUCGAGAACAUUGACAACGUCAUGCCCAACAUGCUCCAGGUCGCUUACAGAAGAAUUAAUCUGGAGAGACGAAGGGGGGAUCUGGAUAAAUCCUGUGUUCUCUACGAGAGCUACAUAACCAACAGCAAGAAUCGAACAAUUGCGAAUAAUAUUGCUGUCAAGUACGCGAGGUUCCUCUGUAAAUUCAGGAAUGACAUUGAUAAGGCUGUCAAGGUGCUUCUGAAGGCGACCGACAAGGACAAGGAUAAUCCCAGGCUGUAUCUCCAGUUGAUUGAUCUGGGACUCCAGAGGAACCCUGUGGAUACACAGGAGGUCGUGGGGUACAUGGAUUUGUUUAUUGAGAGAGAGCAUGCUGAUCUCGAGCAGAGGGUGUUGUUUGCUCAGAGGAAGGUGGAGUUCUUGGAGGACUUCAGUACGGAUAUCAAACAGGUGCUAAAGGCGCAUGAACAGUUCCAGAAGUGCAUCAAGCAGGCGAAGGAGAGGAAGAAGUCGAAGAGUGAGGACAGUAAAGUAGAUUCAUCACCACCGAAGAAAGGAAAAACAUCAGAUACCUCGAGUGUUCCUCCCCCACCUACAGCGAGUUCCCAAUCGAGCUACCAGUACAGCAGUUCAGCGAGUGGUCCCUACCAGUCACAACAGCAAUUCCAAAGUGGCCAGUAUGGAAACCAAAGUGGAUACCAACAGAGCUACCAGCAGUAUCCCCCACCAUCGGAUCCCAACUACGCUAAUUACCAGAACUGGCAGUAUGGACAGAGUGGACCACAGCCAUAUGGAUCGUACAACCAAUGGGGAUCGUACAAUUACUACUAAUUAAUUGGCGUCGAAAGAUGUUGCACAUGAAUUAUGAACAUUUUACAAUCACUGUUAGUGAUCUUAACGAUAAUCGAGUCGAAAGAUUUCAUUGACACUGACUCGUUACUCGUGCUUUUACAUUGAAUGUUUAGAAUGAUGAGAGCAGAACGAAAAAAAAACAAAAAAAAACUAAUUAUUUUUAGUUGAUAAUCUUCUUCUGUUGAUUCCAAUUGUACGAUUUCAAUUUGCCGUGUAAUAACUGACAAUUUACUUCAUCCAAUUAUCAUUUUACUUGAGAAAUAUCAAUUCAUUAACUUUACAUUAGUGAUUUAAAGGGUAUAGUCUCUGUCUAGUUGUACAAUGUACCACGAAUCUGCUAAUAAAUUUUUUGGAGAUUCA